AUGGCCGCGUUCGUGGCGUCUGACACAGCUUCAGCGAUGUACAAGCUCGUCGCAGAAGCCAUGCACAGUGACAAUUCUGCAGACAUCUUUACCGAAAAGCCCGCAUCUGCAACAUUGGUGUAUCUAAUGGCAGCAGCAUCAAUCUAUUACAGUGGCGACCAAGCAUGUCCCGAUCCAUCCGUGCCGCAUUUAGUCGACGCGGCCGUGAGGGGAAUGCGAAUGAUCACGUUUGGAGUCGAGCCAUACCGAAUGGCGCAGUGUCUGGCCAUGUUCACCUGCCUGUCGACAUUUCACCCAGCGUAUGGGUCAACCUGGUAUUUGGUGGGAUUAUUGGCGGUUGAGUGUCUAUCUCUUGGAGUUCACAGCUAUGAGCAACAGUCCAUCAUGCCACAAAAAGAGCGACUCGAGAUGAACAGAUUCUUCUGGGCCGUGUUCAUCAUGGAUCGGUAA